ACACUGCCAGACAGUAUUGACAAGAAGAUGAAAAGGGCUACAAAGAUAUAGUAAAGAGAAAAUUUGGGUUAGUGAAUCUAUUAAAUAAGGGACAAGGAGGCAGGAGAAUGUCAGGAAUGACCCAGCACGUGCCUGGUUGUGCAAGAGCCACCUCCUGCUCUUCCCAGAGCCAAGCCUGGGCCCUAUAAAAGACACAUCCAGCUUCAGCACCUCAUCUGCUCUGACUCCCCAGGGAGGUGUCUGUGCUCCUGCGUGUGACCAGGGUUGACUAAACUCCUGCCAGCAUGUCUUGCCAGCAAAACCAGCAGCAGUGCCAGCCCCCUCCCAAGUGUCCUCCCAAGUGUACUCCAAAAUGUCCACCUAAGUGUCCUCCCAAAUGCCCACCCCAGUGCCCAGCUCCAUGUUCCCCUGCAGUCUCUUCCUGCUGUGGUCCCAGCUCUGGGGGUUGCUGCAGUUCUGGGAGUGGUGGCUGCUGCGUGAGCCACCACAGGCCCCGUCUCUUCCACCGGCGCCGGCACCAGAGCCCAGAUUGCUGUGAGAGUGAACCUUCUGGGGGCUCUGGCUGCUGCCACAGCUCUGGGAGCUGCUGCUGACCUGGUCUUCAGAGGAGCUCUUGGGACUGAAUGGUCAAGAACAUGCUACAGCCUGAUGGAUACGCUUUCUGCUUCCUCUCAUUCCAUUCAUUGGUGUGCAGAGACCACAAAGACUCAUGGCGCUUCCCUGGAAGAACUUCGUGCUUGAUGGAGGACCCCAAUUGCAGUCUUCUUUUCCUCCUUUAUCUCAUGUUAUAAUAAAGCUCUGAUUUCUGACUCACUAAA